ACGUUAUGAAAAGUUUUAUUAGGUGGCCAACUUUUGCAUCAUCUCAGUUUCUGUGCCUACAAGCGUGGUGCUCUCAGUUGUGGUCUAUGGCCAUCAUGAUCAGAUCCUUCUCCUUCAUGUCAAUGCUUUUGUUUCUUCUCACCGUUUCGGAUAUGUUUGUGCCAAUCCAUGGCGAUGGCUUUGGAAUCAACUAUGGACAGAUAGCCAACAAUUUACCUCUUCCAUCUCAAGUGGCUGUUCUUAUAAAAUCCAUGAACGUGAGUAGGAUCAAACUCUAUGAUGCUGAUCCAAAUGUUCUAGUAGCCUUCUCCCAAUCCAAUGUGGAAUUCGUUAUAGGACUUGGAAAUGAGUUCCUACAGAACAUGACAAAUCUAUCCAAAGCACAAACUUGGAUUCAACAGCAUGUUCAACCUUACCUCUCACAAACAAAAAUCACUAGCAUCACUGUGGGAAAUGAGGUUUUCAAUAGCAAUGAUACUCAACUAAUGCUGAACCUCCUCCCAGCAAUGCAAAAUGUGCAUGAUGCCCUUGUUAAUCUUGGACUAGACCAACAAGUUUCUGUCACCACUGCACAUUCCUUCAACAUAAUAUCCAAUUCCUACCCUCCUUCAUCUGGUGCUUUUAGGCAAGAUCUUGUGCAAUACAUCCAACCCCUUCUAGAUUUUCAUGCUCAAAUCAACACACCUUUCCUAAUCAAUGCAUACCCUUUCUUUGCAUACAAAGACAACCCAAAUGAAGUGUCCUUAAACUACGUACUUUUUCAACCAAACCAAGGCUUGGUUGAUCCAAACACUAACUUGCAUUAUGACAACAUGUUGUAUGCUCAAAUUGAUUCUGUCUAUGCUGCCAUCAAAGCAAUGGGGCAUAGUGAUAUUCAAGUGAGGAUUUCUGAGACUGGUUGGCCUUCUAGUGGUGACCCAGAAGAGGUUGGAGCCACACCACAGAAUGCAGCAUUGUAUAAUGGUAACUUGCUCAAAAGAAUAGAGCAGAGACAAGGCACUCCUGCAAAUCCUUCUGUUCCAAUUGACAUAUAUGUCUUUGCACUUUUUAAUGAGAAUUUGAAGCCUGGUCCAGCAUCAGAGAGAAACUAUGGCCUUUACUAUCCUAAUGGUGUUCCAGUUUAUAACAUUGGAUUGAAGGGUUAUCUCCCACAGAUGCCUAUGGCAGCUAAAUCCAAUACUUUGUGUGUCAAUUUUCUUGCAUGUAUAGUUACAUGCUUGAUCUUUGCUUUGGAGCUUUCAAGAUGAUGAUCAGAAGAAGGAAGAACUCAAAGGAAACAGAGGAAUUCCCAUACUUAUUCCCUUGCAAUCGAAAGUUAUUCGAGGGAGAAGGAAACUAAAACAGCACAACUUUCUCUUCAUUUGUCUAAGGAAAAUCCUCACUUUGAAUGAAGAAGUUGGCGUUUGGUUCAUAUAAUCUAAAACAUAUAUCAUCAUUCAUAUAGACAUUGAUUUAACAGUUGUAGCAAUGAUCAAAAUAAAUCCCCGAAAUUGGAGGUUUAACAACAAGGAGUAUAGUAAUAUUAUAAAAUUUUAAAUAAAAAAAAAAAAAGGACUACCGUGUUUUUUUGUAACAUUUAAAAAUUAUCUUAUUUUUUAAUUUUCGGAAAUUGUGAGAGCUAUGAUGUAUAUGAACAAUUCCAAAGAUUGUAUCCAUAAAAAUAUUGAAUUUUGAGGUAA